CUUACUCUCAAACUAGCGCGUGAGAGCGACUUGGAAUGUUGUCAUUGAGAUUUGCUAUUGUUGUUGUCUACCCUCUUUGAGAUUAGCUCUUGCCUGUCUCUGUCUCUCUCUUGCUCACUCGCUCUUACAACUUACCUGUUGCUGAGCAAAGUCAACGACAAAAAAUCAAAGAAUGGGUUGAAGAGCUCGAGUUUUUGUGUGUGUAUACGUGUGUGUGUGUCCAAUGGCCAAGACGGGUUUGUUGGCCCGAAUGCGUCGUCGACCAUGUCAUUUGUUACAACGUCACAAACAAGACGCUGCGCAGUCGCAAACGGAAGUCAAUUGGGAUUUUGUCUCCCUUUGCGUUUCUAUUUUGGCAACGGAAAAGAAAAUAGCAACAAACAACUACGACAACAAAUUGGCAAAUCUGGCAUUUUUUGGUCAGCUUAAAAAGUGAAAAGCAUCAGCCCAUCAAUGCGUCAGCAAUGUGGCACUGUCUACACAUGGAACUGUGCUGGCGAAUUGUAUGCCAUCGAGUGUGCCCUGUGCGAGGAGAGGCCACUCUGUACACUGGAUGAAUUUGCCGAUCAUAUGGAGGUAUGGCAUUCAGAUUGGCAGACUCCGGAUCAAAUGGAACAACCACUGGCUCCAAACACUACAAACACUGCAGCGGGAGCUGAGGAUGAACUGAUGCAAGAAGUCUUGGCAGAACAGACAAACGGUGAGGAUAAUGAACUGAAACAGCAAUUGGUACAACAAUUAAAUGCCUUGGAAGCGAUCAUAACCACGACCAAUCACGAGUCUAAAGCAAUCAAUAAUCAAGUGGCCUAUGCCAAUGCCUUGGAGAAUGCUCUGCCCGUGCCUGAUGGCCAACGGUUGACCACUUCUCAUGUCACGCAGCUAAUUGAUUUAUACCGAUCGGAGCCACGCCUCUGGAAUCAGAGUCACGAGGAGUUUCAUAAUACGGAAUUGUGCCGAGAAUCGUGGCGUCAUAUUACCCAUGCUUGGAGUAUCCAUUGUGGGCGGGAGUUUAGUGUAACCGAUGUAAGGAUACGGGUCUCAACGCUUUGUCAACGAUUCCUUAAACAACGCGAACGCCUGGAGGCCGAUGGUGAGAUAGACGAGGCCGCCAAAUUCGUUCACUAUGAUCAGCUAAGCUUCUUGGGACAGCAACAGGCAUUGGUUAAGCGGCAACAGCAAUUGGCCAUAGAGAAUCGCAAAUUGUUGGAAUUAUAUGAGCACUACCCCAUCCUGUGGCACAAUGCCCAUAAGCGUUUACGCUGCGAGGAGACUCUACGACGGCGGAACGAGGCACACAGUGGUCUGCAGUUGGCUCUUCGUCUUUCGGGUACAAAUCUCUCGUCGUUGGCCAUACAGAGAAGACUGCAGUCAUUGCGCAAACGCUAUAGGCUGGAGAAGAUUCGUUAUUUGCACAGCGUUGUCGAGGGCAAACAGUCGGAGUUUGUGUCCAGUUUUGAGCAUUAUGCGGAAAUGGAGUUUCUCAAUAAGCACAUUGAUCCCUUUGUUUGUGCCGUGUGUGGCAAGAUAUUUGAGAAUUUGGUUGGCCAUCAGGUGCAUGUGCAGAGCAGUUGCCAGGCUCAGAUGCAAGUGAAUGAGUUACCCCAACAGCAGAUUGAUAAUGUUAAAGAUGAGUCUCAAACGGAGCCAGUAAAACAACAAGUUGAGGAGAACGAUGAAGAGAUUCUCAAGUCAGGAGAAGAGAAAAACCAUCAGGAGGAUCUUCUAAAGGACACUCCCGAUAUCGUUGCUAAUGUUGAGCAUUCGCUUGAGACGGACAGCUCACAGGAGACUUGUGCGGGUUUAAGCCGUUCACGUGCUCGGCUAAGCUUGCAGCAGACCAUGCAACUGAUCAAAUUAUUUCAAGGGCACGCCUGCCUCUGGGAUCCCAAUCAUUUGGACUUUCAUUCGCGACCACAGCGUCGCGUUGCCUGGCUGAGCAUUUCCAAGCAAUUGAAUUGUCAAUCUGCUGCUCCUUCCGGUGAGCCAUUCAACUGGCAAAUGCUGCAUCGCAAGAUUACCGACUACACUAAGUAUUAUCGCAAGGAACGGCAGCGUUUGAAGCAGUUACAGCAGUCGUCCAAGAUUGAGGAUGACCACGGCCGUUGGUGCUUCUAUGAAGCCUUCCGCUUUUUGGAUGACGUUCUGCCCAUUAGCUGUGAGCUCCACAAAUCGCUGCACCAGCGUAAUAGCAAUCUCAAGAUCAUCGCCAUCUAUCAAAGUUAUACUCAAUUGUGGUGCACUGAUCACCCAGACUAUACCAAGCGCAAACAGCGUCAGCGACAUUUAGAAUCCUUGUGCACACGUCUGCAGGAAGAAUGUAAUCUACAGAUGACUGUGGAGCGCCUGAAGGGUCGUCUCAUUGAGUUUCGUUGUCAUUACAGGCAAUGCAAAGUGGCUCGUCUGACGGCCGCCAAGCGAUCAGAGCCCUGGACCCCAAGCUACGAUUACUAUGAUUCCCUUCGAUUCCUGGAGUUGCAUGUAUCUCCAUUCAUUUGUAUGCGCUGUCCGGCUAGCUUUAAUCGUCGCUCGGACUAUUUAAGACACGAGCGCAAUGUCCAUGAAAUCGAGCACGAGAAGGAGCUUGAUGAAGUUGACGCUAUCGGCGGCCAAACACCAUCCAUUAAACGUCGACGACGUGCUGAUGGUCAAACUAACAGCAAUAAUGUGGCCAAUAAUCUGGAACAUAUUUGCCACAUUUGUGGCAUGAAAUUCUCAUUACGCAACAGCCUUUUGGCCCAUCUGCGGCGACAUCUCGGCCAGCGUACCCAUGUCUGUGGCGAUUGUCCCAAAAAGUUCUUCAAUUCCACGGCCCUGCGUGUUCAUCAGCGCAGUCACACCAAGGAGCUGCCCUAUGUGUGUGAGCAUUGUGCCCGGGGCUUUGUUAAUGCCAGCAAACUCAAUCAGCACGUGAAACGACAUCGCAAUCAGCGCGACUUUCCAUGCAAUCGUUGCGAGAAAGCGUUCUACACAGCCCACGAGAGGGACAGACACAUACGAGCCCAUCUAAAUAUCAGGGACAAGGUCUGUCCGUAUUGUUCGCGUGCAUUUGUUGUGGGCAGCGCCUACUAUGCCCAUCUCAAUUUGCAUCGCGGAGAGAAGCGUUACAGCUGUUCCACUUGCAGUCGCCGAUUUGCCCAAUAUGCAGGUCUCUACAAGCAUCGACGACGCUGUGUACCCAAUGAGAUUAUAGAGGAGUAGUAGUCGGAUGAGACACCAAAAAGUAGGAUGUCAAACAAUUGUCAAAGGACUACCUUUUACUAGACAAAAGUUAUUUAAAACAAAUAGAAAUUGAAACUAUCGGACUGACUGAACAAGAAUUGGUUCCGAUUCUUGUUAAAAUAGAUUUAAUUUUUCUUUAUGUGCUGCUUGUUAUGUCU